UCCACCGAGAUAGUUGUGUGAAAGCGUGAGCCGUCGAUAUCCCGACACGCGCGCACCACCCGCCGUAAUAAAGUUUAAAAAGCCACAAUAAUGAUCGACCGCGCGAUACCAACAAAGUUCGCCCCAGUUGGAAUUGAAUAUUAACAGAGAGCAAACAGUUUGAACAAUAGUCAGUGAUAAAGUGAAAAGUGACUAUGAGUGCAUGACGAAAGAGGAUAUACCGUCUGUUUCUUUUUGUUUGCAAUAACAGAGAAAUAAAAAAAUCCAGCGAUGGAGGUGCACAUUCUCCUGUGGCUGACACUAUUGUCAAUGUCCACCGUAUUCUCCCGCAGUAUCACGAGCUUAGAGGCCCCUCGUGGCUGCGAGUGGAGGAAAGACCCCAAUUCGGAUAAGCAGAGCUUACUCUGCAGACUGAGAACCAUAGCCAAUGCCGUUGAACUCAUUGGUAAUCUAUCAACAAUUCAGGCUGACUCUGUGACAUCGCUCAUUCUCGAGUGCAACGAUGCACUAUUCUUCGAGUCGCAGAUUGAAGAUCCCAGGGAUUUUUUAACACCACUGAGACACCUCCAGGAGCUCACAAUUGAGCGCUGUAAAAUACGGUAUUUGCCAGCGGGUGCAUUUGCAUCGGCCCGCAAUCUCCGCAGUCUCACCAUAAGAACACGCAACAAUGACUGGUCUGGUAUGUCACUGGAGAUCAAUCGCGAUGCACUGCGGGGCCUCGAUAGACUGCGCAAUCUGGAUCUUGGUGAUAACAAUGUGUGGUCAUUGCCGACGGAACUUUUGUGUGCAGUGCCAGAUCUCGUGAGUUUGAAUCUUACGCGCAACAAGUUACAGGACGUUUCGUCACUCAAUUUCUCACAGCCAUUGUCAGUGUGCACACCCAAACUCGAAGUACUUGAACUCAGCGACAAUGACUUGAAUGCAUUGCCCAGCAGUUCGUUCAGGGGCCUUGGAAAGCUCAAGAAUCUCAUGCUCCAGGACAAUGACAUUGGAUACAUAGCCGAUCACGCACUGGCUGGAUUAUCGGAUUUAACGAGAUUAAAUUUAUCGAAUAAUAAACUUGUUGCAUUACCCCCGGACCUAUUCUCGGACACCCGAGAGCUGCGUGAACUCGUACUGAGUAAUAAUUUACUAGACGUACUGGGCCCUGGACUGCUGGACAAUUUGAAGAAGCUCCAAUCAUUGGAUCUCAGUAAUAACAAUUUGACGAGCUAUUGGGUGAAACGUGACACAUUUUCACAGCUCGUGGAACUCGUAAUUCUCGACUUGUCGUACAAUAAUCUCACGAAAAUAAGCAGCAAUGUGUUUAAGGGCCUCUACAACCUCCAAAUACUCUCCGUAGAGCACAAUAAGAUCGACACAUUGGGCGAUGGUUGCUUCGGCUCACUCAGGAAUUUACAUUCUUUGACUCUCUCGCACAAUCGAAUUUCAUGUUUUGAGCCCGGUCACACGGUGGGCCUCGGCGCCCUCGUACAGCUCUUCUUGGACGCUAAUAAGCUACACAAUGUGCAUCGUCAUGCCUUUGUCAAUGUUAAUACAAGCCUACAAGAGCUCUCCAUGAGCGGAAAUUCAUUUACGGAUGUGCCGGAGGCAAUACGCCAACUGCGCGCUUUAAAAACCCUGGAUCUUGGCAACAACAGAAUAUCGAAAAUCAGUAAGGAGUCAUUCGCCGGUCUCGGCGAGCUCUACGGUCUGCGUCUCGUUGACAAUAAACUUGAGAAUGUCACGAGAGAGGCUUUCUCAAGUUUACCAGAGCUACAAGUACUGAAUCUCGCCAGCAAUUCAAUAAGACACGUUGAACAGAGUGCAUUCUCGAGUAAUCCAAAAUUACGUGCCAUAAGACUUGACGAUAAUCAGCUGACGGAAAUACGUGGAGCAUUCACCAGUCUCACCACCCUCCAAUUGCUCAACGUCUCUGACAAUAAACUGCUGUGGUUUGACUACAGUCAUCUACCCUCGAGUCUUGAAUGGCUGGACAUACACAACAAUCAGAUAAGCGAAUUGGGUAAUUUCUACAUGGUCCAGGGAAGCCUUCACAUAAAGAUGCUGGACGCCAGUUACAAUCUCAUCACUGAAAUAUCGGAUUCGAGUAUACCCGAUGGCAUUGAAACACUCAGGCUGAAUAACAAUAGGAUACGGAGUGUUGCGCCGGGCACAUUUUUGAGGAAAACCAGUCUUGAGAAGGUUAUUCUCUAUGGGAAUGAGAUUAAACACAUUGAUAUAGCAGCACUGGCCAUCCAGGAGGUGCCGGUGGAGCGCAAUUUGCCGGAAUUUCACAUAGGUGAUAAUCCAUUUUUGUGCGAUUGCUCGAUGGAGUGGCUGCCCAAGAUCAAUGAACAACCGAGACCUCGGGAGUAUCCGAGGGUUAUGGAUCUCGACGCUGUGACAUGUGACAUGGUGCACAUAAGGGCAACUCCAAAACGUCCGUUACUCUCGUUGAGGGCCAAGGACUUUCUCUGCCGCUACGAGGCGCACUGCUUCGCACUGUGUCACUGUUGUGAUUUCGAUGCUUGUGAUUGUGAAAUGACUUGUCCCGAUAAUUGCUCGUGCUAUCACGAUCACAGUUGGUCGAGUAAUGUCGUUGAUUGCUCCAAUGGUGGUUAUAAAAAUGUGCCAGAGAGAAUUCCCAUGGAUGCCACGGAAAUAUAUCUCGAUGGGAAUGAUCUUGGGGAUUUGGGUAGUCACGUUUUCAUUGGCAAACGGAGGCUCGAGGUAUUGUAUUUGAAUAACAGUGCCAUUUCCGCUCUCCAUAAUCGAACAUUCAAUGGUGCACCAGCAUUACGUGUUUUACAUCUUGAGGGUAAUGCACUCCGAGAGCUUCGUGGAUUUGAGUUCGAUCAGCUGGAAACACUAUCCGAACUCUAUCUGGAUCACAAUGCCAUUGCUGAAGUUGGCAAUACGACUUUCAAUAAAAUGAAGAGCCUAGAAGUGUUGAGAUUGGAUAGCAAUAGAAUCGUCGAUUUCCGGCCGUGGGAAGCAUUGGCGGGCACUGGCGCUGGUGCUAGAGUUGCUCUUGAGGGUAAUGCCUGGAAUUGUGAUUGCAGUAAUACAGCUAAAUUGCGAUCUUGGCUGGGACAGCACGACGGCGAUGCUGAGAAGAUGUAUUGCCGAGAUGGAACUGAAACACUUGCCCAAGCACUGCGUCGCUGUGGUGAUCCAUCGACCGAGGCUGUCUCCAGAGGUAUACCAGAUACAAAUCUCACGGGAGGUAACUUUGUACCACUACUGGCUGGUGCACUUGUUGUGGUCAUUGUCAUUUGCCUGGUGGUUGCACUUGCUUUUGCAUUCAGACAAGAUGUACGUCUGUGGGUGCACUCAAAGUAUGGCCUUAGACUGGGUAAAGUAGCAAAUCCACCUGAUGAAGAACGUGACAGACUCUACGAUGGCUACAUCAUCUACAACGAGAGAGAUCAAGACUUUGUAUCGGGUUGUUUGUCAGCUGAAUUGGAGCAGUCGGGGUUGAGCUUGUGUCUUCAUUAUCGUGAUUUGCCACCGUCGAGACAUCAGGAGGCAUUGCCACCAGCUGCUGCGGCAGCUCGACGCAUUGUCCUGGUCUUCUCACCUGUGUUCUUCGCCAAUGAGUGGCAGCAUCCGGAAUUUCGUGCUGCCCUUCGCUGUGUCCUUGAUACCAUUAGGCCGAGUUUGAGGAGGCGCAGGGUUGUCAUUCUUCUGGCAGCCGAGGCACCACGCAAUCAGGAUACCGAGCUGCAGCUACUUCUUCAGACCUGCGAGGUCAUCACAUGGAGUGACAAGCGUUUCUGGGAGAAACUGAGAUUCGCCAUGCCAGAUCCGGCGGACAAAAGACGAGAUGGAAAGAAGAUCAAUGGUGACAGAUGUGGUGUGAGGGUACCGGCGCGUUACACAGCCGCACCCUCAGCACCAGCGGACCUUUGGGCCAAGCCAAAUGGGCUUUUGGUCGCACCGGUUCAUCAUGCACCCACGCCAACCCCCACGCAGUCAACCUACGUUAGUUCCGCAUCGAGCAGAACUGAGGACGAGGACAGCGGUGCUGAGCAUCAGCAUCACGGUGGCUACAGUGCCCUUCACACUGCCAAUGGUAGACCAGCAAGUCUUUCAUCCCGUGGUAGCCAUCUUUACAGUACCAUACCAGAGCCACCAUUGUCACAGGGACAGCUUGGUGGUGUUGGUGGUAUGCCCGUUAAUCCUCGUACUUAUUUUGUGUAGCUUACAUCCGUGUAUUUAAAGAUAUAUCGUAAAGUGUCGCCCAGAUUGCUUUCAUCAAAUCUUAUCCCUUCUCGUUUCUUCACUGAAACUCCCACGUGUUUGUACAUAAGACAUUUUUUUUUUUCCAUUUAAAUAUGGAAGGAUGGAAGAUGAAAAUUUAUUGUGAGGAAGUGCGGAGGGAGAGUUCUCUGGACGUUUCGUGUGAACCCUAUUUUUCUAGGGCGCCUCUAACUAAGACUGGAUAUGAAUGGGAUGUGAGGAGUUUGUAUGGUAAUUGAAUUGCAGUGAGAAGCGUGUAAUUAUUGGCUGUCAGGCGACGGACAGACGUGAGUUAUGGGCUCGAUGACGGCUAAGUCCAUACAUGAAGACUUAUAGCAAACGUUGAUAAUUUUUAUAUUGAUUUCUAUGCCUCUUCUUACUUUUCUUAAAAUACCACCAGUAGUUCCUUGAACUUGUUCGCGUUCAACAUUUUUCAUGUUGGUUUUUUGUAUUAUUCGGGUGGGGGAGUAGGAAAAUGUGUAAACAAGACUCACGUAAUUUGAGGCAAAACUAGCGUCACGUUACCUCAUUCUGUCCAAUUGCCGACUGUGGCUUUUCUCGUGUCUGAGAAGCCACCCAACGCUUAUUAGUCCAUAAGGAGAGAAACCUUUGUAAAUAAUGUAUCUACUUUUGUAUAUAGAACGAGAAAAAAAAAAACAAUACAACGGGUUUGUUUGAGACAAAUCUCCAAGGGCCCAUCCUAUAAAUGUUCGUAUUACAAUAUUUCUUAGAAAAGAAAAAUGUGAAAAAAAAUCUAAGACGAGAGACGAAAACUUAAACUUGUAUUCUAUUGUUGUAAAUAGUGUUUCACGCGACGCAUUUUAUUCACCUGUUAUACUAAAUUAAUUCAUGAUUGAGGGAGGAACCAUUGAACCAAUUUUUUUUCUAAUAAAAAGAGAAGAAAAAAAAACGACUACGAA